AUGUUCGAAACAGGGGUCCCCACAAAUGACUUUGGAAUCCCUCCCGACACACUGCCGCCAUCACUACUCUCGCAAAAGCUCUUGCAGCACAACGAAGGCAUCUUGAAUGAGACAUCGGCACAGGACAGCGGGUACAACUCUUCAGGGUCCUCCGUUCACCAAUCCCCCCGCGAUCCGAUGGGCGGCGAUAUGGAUGGCGGAGGGUUUAUACACCGACGAUCAAGAGCCUCCAGCCAUACUUCGAUUUCCUCGAUGCCUGCAUCCGUGCUUACAAACCUACCGGACGUGGUGAAACCAAUGAAUACACGAGGGAUGCACGAUUAUACUUAUCAGCCCUGGGAUGAUCACAGCCCAAGCAAAAUGGAAGCACACGUGCGUUCGAUUCAUGCCCUCGGGCAGCGCGAAGGAACAUUUCGAAAACCGAGCUCGGUGAGAGCAAUGCAGAUGCAUACUGAGGAUGAAGGGGAUGAUGACUACCUGACUCCGCCUAAACGUCGAGGUGGACAGCGCAUCUCCGAUGUGUCUAUUCGCUCUGUGGGCUCUUCGCCGCUGAAACGGUCCCCGUUUUACUCGCCUACUGGAGCGGCGGGGAAACCCAAGGUGAAGAAGGAAUAUCCGCUUGUUUUACUGCACUGUACUUUGCUCCCGCCGUCACUUCCUAUUCCUGGAUUUUCCGGGUAUCGGGAUCAGAAGACUCUAAGAGAGAUUCUUCCGCCCGUGUACUGGAAACGGUGGAAGUUGCUGGAGGAGAAGAUCGGAUCGGGUGUACUCCGGGAUCGCGGUGUGCUUAUCUCACAUCCAGAGGAUAUGUACGAUUUGCUGGAGGAGCGACUACUCGAGAGUCUUGAGCUGCAGCGUCCGCGACUCGACCACGGCCACUUUAUUGGCCACGAUGAGACGGAGUCAGACGGAGAAGACCGUAUGACCAAGGAUGACAGCGGAACCGAAGAUGAAGGGGAAAAAUGCCUCGAUUGCGGCGGCCGCGUGGUUCGACACGAAAUGACCAGGAAAUGGGAAAUCAAGGUCUUCGCAGCCAAUGGGCUGAUGAGGGCUGGCGCGUGGGCUGCAGCCUGGAAAGAGAUGGAGAAGGUGGACGUGGAGGUUGGUCUCUGGCUUCCGUCUGAUGUCAGAGCAGAGUUGGAACGGCGACUGAUGGAGAACGACUCGUCACAUAUGGACAAUUGCCUCUCAGUUCCGUUGCUGCAGGAACCAGAGGAUGUUACCCUGAGCCGCUCCGUACGUGCACACUCGCCAUCUCCUCUUCUAAGAGAGCAGCAUGUUUCGCAUGUCACUCGAAGUCGUGAGAGAUCUCUCUCCUUGUCGUCCACUGUGAUUAAAUCUCCAAAAGACCAUGAGGCGACUACUUACUCUCCGAAGCCGUCAGAAGAGAUCGCUUUACAGACGCUACUAAUAAACUACAUCCGCGUGCUAGCAAGCGACCGACGUAAUGUUGCUAUUGCAAUUCUCAGUGUUCUUGUGGUCUUCAGUGCACUGAAUUUCAAACCUGGCGCCACAACGUCGCACUUGAGACCAUUCCCCCUGGAUAUAUUGGAGGAUGCUCCUUCCCCUUCGAUGGUUUCACUAGACCAGCAUCCACCCCCAGCUUGGGUCAACCCUACAAGCUCCGCUAUCCAGUCUGUCACCCAGUCUGAGAUGGUGGAGAGCAUUAUAACUACCUCUAUUCCUGAAAUACUGUCAAGUUCAGAAGUCUGGCCAACGGGUUCAACCUCUGAAACUCGUGCGGUUGGGACUGAGGAACCAUCACCAACUUCAAGUGAAAUCCUUGUUGCUGGAAGCGAGUCUGCUUCUGUGGAAGAGUCUGAACAACCUAUAGAAAACGAGGUUCUUGCGGCUGAGCGGGAAUGUGUUGCUUCUGGAAAUCCAUUGCCUCCAGCUGACGACACCCUUACCGAUGAGAAUGAUUCCACUGCUCCGGAUGAGCCAUUACCUACAGAGACUGAACAAUGUAUAGAAAGCGACGUGCUUGCUACUGAGACGGAAUGUGUUGCUUCUGGAAAUCCAUUACCUGCAGCUGACGACACCCUUACCGACGGGAAUGAUUCCACUGCUCCACGUGAACCAUUCCCUACGGAGACUGAACCCGUUGUUGUGGAAAGCGAACCGGCCGUCCGUGAGCAGCCUGUACAACCUGCAGAGGCUACUGAAAGGGAGCUAGUUCACUGCCCAGCAUUUUCCAUAAUCAACGGCGACCCUGUGGACGACGAACCAUUACGCGAAGAUCACGAACGACAUGAAUUGUAA